GGAAUGGAUGGAUGGAUGGAUGGAUGGGAGGGAGUCAUCUGGUUGUUCUGAAUGGUCGGCCAGUUUUCCAGGUGAUGAUUCGUGGGAUGCAGCCUCUGAGGUAAGAGACUACCAAUUCAGUUCAGUUCUCUCAAGAUGGAGGAGGGAAGAGUGGCUCUGGCCACGAGUGGCCCCAGGCUUAGCGGCAGUUGGGGGGAUUGUUAUUCGUGUUAUGGGAUGGGUAGUGGUGGUGGUGGUGAUGAUGAUGUUGAUGAUUAGGUGUUACUAUUAUGAGAUUUAUU